AUGGCUUUUUUGUCCGAACGCCGCGCGGCCUCGUGGUCUCAGUCUGCUCCGCUUCUCUCGCAGUGGAACCUGGUGUGCGAGGACGACUGGAAAGCGCCGCUCACCACCUCCUUGUUCUUCGUGGGGGUGCUCCUCGGCUCCUUCGUCUCGGGGCAGCUCUCCGACAGGUUUGGCAGGAAGAGUAUCCUUUUCUCCACUAUGGCUGUGCAGACCGGCUUCAGUUUCCUGCAGAUCUUCUCUACCAGCUGGGAGAUGUUCACAGUGCUGUUUCUCAUAGUGGGGAUGGGACAGAUCUCGAACUACGUGGUGGCCUUCAUACUGGGAACAGAAAUUCUUGGCAAAUCAGUUCGUAUUAUAUUCUCUACGUUAGGAGUUUGCAUAUUUUUUGCAAUUGGCUACAUGUUGCUGCCACUAUUUGCUUACUUCAUCAGAGACUGGCGGAUGCUGCUACUGGCUCUCACUGUCCCCGGGGUGUUCUGCGUGCCGCUGUGGUGGAUCAUUCCUGAAUCCCCUCGGUGGCUAAUCUCCCAGGGAAGAUAUAAAGAGGCAGAAGCUAUUAUCCGCAAGGCUGCAAAAAUCAAUGGCGUUCCAGCCCCUGCUGUGAUUUUCGACACCACAGAGAUGCAGGAUUUGAAGCCUCAGCAGCAGCAGAAGGCUAUCCUUCUGGACCUAUUUCGAACCCGAAACAUUGCAACUAUUACUAUUAUGUCAUUACUUUUGUGGAUGCUAACGUCAGUUGGUUACUUCGGCCUGUCACUCAGCACUCCAAAUUGGCAUGGAGAUGCCUACAUCAAUUGUUUCCUCUCAGCAGUGAUUGAAAUUCCUGCUUACGUGAUUGCCUGGCUUCUCCUCCGAUCCCUACCUCGGAGGUAUUCAAUAUCUGGCACCUUGGUUUUAGGAGGAGGUGUUGUCCUCUUCAUCCAGCUGGUUCCUGCAGAUCUUUAUGUCCUGUCGGUUGGCCUGGUGAUGCUUGGAAAAUUUGGAAUCACAUCUGCAUUUUCUAUGCUUUAUGUCUACAACGUUGAGCUAUAUCCAACGUUAGUCAGAAACAUGGCAGUUGGGGCUACUUCCACAGCUUCCAGAGUGGGCAGCAUCAUUGCUCCUUACUUUGUGUACCUGGGUGCUUACGACAGAUUCCUACCUUACAUCCUCAUGGGAAGCUUGACUGUGUUGAUAGGGAUCCUUACCCUGUUUCUCCCUGAAAGCUAUGGUAAUCCUCUCCCUGAGAACUUUGAACAAAUGCUGAGGGUGAAAUGUUUCAGAAACGGGCAACAAACCACCGGUGUUAGGAAUUCAAAAGCGAAUGCUAAAAUUCUGGUAACACCACUGUGAAGAAGGCUGUACCCUCCCAGAAGGGCUGAAAGAACAACAAAGUCUUCUCAAAAUGUAUUUUCUACCAGAGGAAAACAAACAAAAAACCUACAGUCAAUGCUACUGCGACAUAGUUGUGAACCUAUUAUCCCCUUUUGCUGCUGUACCAAAUAUAUAGUUUACUGAACAGAUGCUGUCUACUCCCAUAAGAUUGUUAGUCUGUAAUUCGGUGUCCUGAUAGCUGGAGUUUUUCAACAGAUACAGCCCCUGUCCAAGUUGGGAUCUGCAUGUGCUAAGCGUGUUUGGGGAGAGGGCUAGAAAUGAGUAUUAGGAAUAAUACAUCAGUGACUCCACUCAGUCACGUAUUCAAUGAAAGUUGCUUAAAGAAAAAUUGAAAGGCCAAGUUCAAAAAAAAAAAAAACAUAACGCUGGUGUUUUCUCUCACUGUGAAUAUUGACUGGAAGAGGAGGAGCUGGGUACCUUUCUUUGAAAAAUCUCAGCCUACAUCUCUAAAGGAAAGAUUCCAGCCUCCUUUGAAAUCUGUACCAAAUCCCAAUACACUUUAAGUGGAAUCAGAAUUUAGUUGAAGGAAAGCACACAUAGACUUUAUUGUUUUUUUUAAACAAGACAUGGGAGCAAGUAUAUUUUGAUGUUCCUUACUUUUCCCAGGACCUGGGAUCCAGUUCUGAUCUACUUCUCCCUGUAAAAUCUGAUGCUUUUUCACAACGCCUGAGCCCACUGAAAUCACUGGGCUUCAUGGAUCAGCAUCUUUGCGGGGAAGAAGUCUUUAAUAAGGAGUAUAGUUUCUGACCUACUUCUGAGGGGCAAUUUCCACAUUCAAAAGAAACACAGGCUCCAGCAAAUAAAUGAUUUUUUUCAAACAUAAUGUGCAGUUUUAGAUACCAGAUGUUCACGGUAUAUUGGCAUAAGCAGUUUUUUUUAUCUUGAAUUUUUUUUUCCUCAAAUUAUUUCAUUUCUCCUUGAAUAUAUGCCAUGUUGUACUGUACCUUCAGAGGAAACUCAUUCCAGUUUUGAAAGCACCUACAAAAAUCUUUGCACCAUUUGCGGAUUUAAAGGCGAUUUGAUGCUCAAAAAAAUCUAAUGUUCUGUAUGGGAAUUGUUCACCUACAGCUGCUAAAAACACGAAAGGGCUAAUUUGGGACCACACAGUUAUUUCAAAACAAACACCAACAAAGCCAAUGUUCUGUUUUUCAAGUCCUACAGAUUAUGUAUGCAUUUUGUUCAGUGAAGCAGUAUUAGAUGAAAAGUCAAAUGUAGUAGAGUUUAGAGUUGUGCUACUGCUGUUUUAUAAACACUACAUAGUUUGAAAAAAGUCUACUACUUCUUACUUUAUUAUUGGCUGCACAUAGACUUUUUGGUCACAUAAAGUCUAUCAGACCUGGCAGACUGAUUUUAGCCUCUAAGUAACAAUUAGCCAUGAUUUACCUUCUGUAACGGCCAGCAGAAGCACGCUGUUUCACCUUUAAUAUGAGAGUUCGUGGCAAUUUGUCUGCUGCUGGCCCUUGGCAGAGGAAGGAGUAGCUCCCUGUAAGUUCAAGCACAAAUAUAAAGCUUUAUAACAUUUAAAUGCAAGUAACUUGUACAAUUAUUUCAAGCUGCAGUUUGGGACAUGGAAAUACUAUUUCUUUUCAUAUUAAUUUUCUGUGGUCCUGCUUUUGCCAUAAAUGUAAUGUAACAUGUAAUGAGGCAACAUUAUCCUGUGAUCUCUAACAUUGCCUCAUCUCUUCUCAAGCCGGAAUUUCUCUAAUGACAACAACAUUUAAUUUUGUUUUUACUUAUUAUAUAAAAAAUCUAUAGAAUAACUGUUUAGACUUAACUAGAUUUCUCAACAAAACCUUUUUAUUGGUGUGAGACAGUUGUGAGGACUUGAUGAAAUACAGAUGGCUAUAUUUUUAUUAAGAUUUUUAUAUUAAGUUGAUACUUGUUUUAUGUGAUCAUAGACUCAGAUAUUUCUAAAAGGCAAAUAUUUUUAUAUUCUUGAACUUUGUAGUGUCUUAAAACCUAGUAUUCCUUAUUUAACUAAGAGAAAGGGUUGUGGGUUUUUUGAUGCUUUGUUUUAAUUAGUCUCAUUUUUCUUGCUUAUACUAUUAUCUAAAGCUAGUGCCAAAAUUUUAAUACUUUUAAUGGCAAAUUAAAAAAAAUCUUUAACGAGAGUGGCACGCAGUUCUCAGAAGAAUGUGAUGUUGUUAUGAGGACUUUAAAUUGUGUCUGAGCUUAGUACAAAAGAGAACGGGAGAUUGCUGCAGCUGAUGAAGCAUUUGCUAGGAAAAUUUCUGUCCUUUGCCAGUAAAUCUUUCCCAAUCUUGAACAGUGAUUCCUGAAGAAACUCAAAGAGCAAUAGGCUGUGGAAGAUUCAAAGAGCAAUGAAGCUGGACGGCAGGAAUGCCAGUUUCUGGCAUUUUACUUUUUUUUUUUUUAACUGUAAAGCUGAAGUAAAUAGUAUUGGAUUAAUAGCUGUUGCCAAAAAUUAAAUGUAUUGCUAGUGAACUAUCUAAGCCUUUCACUGCAAUCUUCAGAGAGUUGUCUGUAUGCCAAAUACUCAGUGGGGCUCAGUAUGGGACCUGUGUGUUUAUGAGCAGCUGGGAUACUUGUGUAAAGCUCUGAGCUGAAGAUGGGGAGGACUGGCUGGAUUGCUCCCAUUGCUUUCAGUGGGAGCUGUACUAUUCCUCAUACGUCACCUCCGUCACGUUUACUAGAGUCUAUCUGUGUAACCUUUUACCCUCAGUAAGAUCUGAAGCUGACUUACUGGAUCUGUUAAAACAUACAUAAAAUAACGUAGCCGUUGUCACUUGUUAACUUGUGUCUUUAUUGUAAUAAAGUGUGCACUGGUAUUGUAUAACCUA